CAGGUUCACUCGUGCCAAGUUUUCCUGUAUUACCUUACAGAGUACCUGCAUAAUUGAAUGUGUUUAAGUCCUAAAAGCCCAACUAGAGGUGAGGUAGGAAGCCACCGGUUGCCGUGCGCCUCGUCUCGAGGCUCAGCGUACCGACGGGGGGACUGCCGCUCUCACAUGACGGCCCACUCGACACGGUGACAGCUCUCCGUCCGCGCUGAACAUGUUCGCCGCGGCCACCAAGAACUUUGUGAAGCAGGUGGGGGACACCGGGAGGCUGAUCCCGGUGCCCAGCCUUAGCGAGGCGGACCGCUACCAGCCGCUCGGCCUUGUUGCCAAGCGGAAGAAAAGACACUUCUGGAAGAAGACCAAGUUCGCCUCCACGGCGUUCUCCCUGAAGGACAUCCUGGUCGGGGAGAAGGAGAUCACGGCAGGUGUCUCGUCUUACCAGCUACUCAACUACGAGGACAAGUCGGACGUGGCUCUGACCGGCAAGCUAGGGAACCACCUGAUCAACGACGUGGGCUUCAACAUCCGCGGCUCCGACUCAGUGGCGGUCAAGGCGUCCUUCGGGAUCGUGACCAAACACGAGGUGGAGGUGCCCACACUACUGCGGGAGCUCAACUCCAGGAAGGUGGACCUGGACCACUGUCUGGUCCGCCAGUCCAGGGACAGUGGGCGCAGCGUGCUUUGUGUCGUCAUGGAGAGCAUCCGCACCACGCGCCAGUGCUCCCUGACUGUCCACGCUGGGAUGCGAGGGACCACCAUGAGGUUCCAGAUUGACGACGGUCGUAACCCAAAGGGUCGGGACAAGGCCAUCGUCAUCCCCGCCCACACCACCAUCGCCUUCAGCAUCUGCGAGCUCUACAUCCGACUGGACGGACGCCUCGAUAUCUGCGUGGCGACGGAGUCUCCGGGGGGCUUUGAGCGCGAGCAGAUGCGAGAGCAGCUCGGGGGAUUCCUGGGUCGCUUCUCCAUGGGCCGCCUGCGCCGCUUUCUGUCCGGCAUCGUCUACGGAAACCCCUUCAGGGCAGACGACAGGGCGUUUGAGGGGCUGACAUACCCGGAGCCGUACAUGGACGACGGGGCGACAGACGACUAUGAAAAGGCCGCCAGCAUGACGGACCUCUCCUCUGCGUACCUGCGCGAGGGCUCGCACACGCGCAUCAACCUCCUCAACCACAACAUCGCCAAGGGGCCCUGCUCCCUGUGUGGCAUGGGCAGCCAGCGGCGGGAGACGGUGUACGGUUGCCUGGAGUGCUCCUCAGGCGGGCAGAAGUACGUACGGCUCCACGUGGUGCCCUGCUUUGACCUCUGGCACAAGACGCUGCGCUAGCAGGAGGUCAAAGGUCGUGGGUGGGCCGAGCCGGGCGGAGCACCGCCAGGGCCCUGAGGGAUCGGGUUCAGGAGCCGCUGGCCGAAGCGAACCACGUCUCCUUUUCUGGGAAGCUACUUUGGAAAGUAGUUUCUCUCUGAAACGGGGGAAUAUGGCCUAUGUGUUCUGCUUAACACAGUGCCUGCAUUUUUUAACAGGUUUGAGUCCAAACAGGAAGUGCACCAGGAAUUGGGUCACCUGCGCUGUGGGGGCGGUCUCCUUGGUUGCCAUGGGAGCCGCGGGGGGACAUCGCUGCUAAUUCAGACCCUGCCACAAUGAAUGAAAUACUUGAUAUUCACUUGUCUAUGAUGUUAUUGUAAUUAUCUGUUGCAGAGGAAACGGCGCACUACAAAGUUUGUACACUACUAUGAGUCUGCAUCCAUAGGUGUAUAGCUAUCUCAUUGUUUUUAACAGUUUCUCCUUGUUUGGUGUACUUAUUGACUUGAGUGGAGUGAGGUGAACUGUGAAGCUUUAUGGCAUUAAAUCAGCCAGGCCGUGAA